GCGAAGGCCAGCGGAGAAGCAGAAUGCAGCAAGUUCUCAUUCGCAACAAUGGCUCAGCCGUUUGGCGUCGUCUCUUCUCAACAAGGAAAUUAACGCCUUCUAUCGAAGCUCGGGCACCAUGCGUACCAAGAUUGCUAUUCUGGACACUGGCUACGACCCCGAAAAUCUCUUCAUGACACGACCGCGCCAGAACCGGCUGAAGAAUCGCUGGAAAGAUUUCGUGGACGACUCUUCCAAUCCUCUGGACGAAGACGGACAUGGGACCCAUGUUUUGGCAACUCUCAUGACAAUUGCUCCAUCGGCUGAUGUCUGCGUUGCCAGAGUUGCAACAAACGACGCAGAUUUCGACAAGUCAUACGAGAAUAUUGUCAAGGCCUUGGAAUGGGUAGUGAAUGAUAUGGAAGCUGACGUCGUGUCCAUGUCUUUCGGGUGGCCUCAAGAGAGAGAAUCCCGUGCUAUUUCGAGAGCGAUCUCCAAUGCCAUCAGUAUAAGAAAGGACGCUAUUCUGUUCUAUGCUGCGGCAUCCAAUUCCGGCGGCGACCAAGGUGAAAUGUUUCCCGCAACCCACGAAUUUGUCACUGCCGUCAGAGCUACAACACACGAAGGAGAGUUUGUCGGAUUCAACGCGCCACCCAAUUUUGGAGGGGCCGACGUGAUUGGCACUCUCGGAGUUGACAUGCCUGGCGCAUUUCAAGAGUCUCAGGCGACAAACGAGAAUCUUGAAGGAACCUCAUUCGCGGCGCCAGUCGCAGCAGCGAUCAGCGCUCUGGUAUUGGACGCUGCGAAGAUGUGCGACCCUAUCGUUGAGCUCGGAUCGACGAACAACAUGCCGAGGACAGUCACGACACUCGACAAGCUGCGAACACGGCAUGGCAUGAACAAGAUGUUCUGCAUCGAACACAUGGCUCGAAAGAUCAACGAGAGAUCCUGGUAUUUGAGCGCAGCUGGCUUUUGCAACAGAUCCUACAUCGACAGGAAGAAGAUAUUUGAUGAACGAUUAUUGGUCUUCACUGUGGAAGGUGCAGCUCGCGUGACGUACGAUGCAGCCUCUUCAGCCGCAGCUCAACCCACUUCGAAAGAGCAUUUUCUGACACGGCGGGGGUUGCUAUCUCUUCCACAGACUAUGGCGACUAAGACCUACAUUCUCGCACCCAACCUCACCACACAUCCUGGCGAUGCCUUGGCUAUCGGCACGAUUGUAGCCGAACCAUUCCGACCUUUGAAGCCAUUGAGCGAGUGCAAGGAGACGCUCGAAACAGUGACACAUACCGAAUUCGAGGCUGCAUUGAGCGACUCUUCCAGACGUGGGUUCUCCAGUGGCGUCUGGGCUCAGUUCCUAGAAGUCGCCAAUGCAAAGCUGUCCGCGAAAGUAGGACGAGAUGUUCGAGCAACUUACGCUAUGGCGUAUCUCGAAACAAUUACAUUGCGACAACAUCCUGGAAUCGAGUACGCCGCUGCUCGUGCCCAGGAGCCAGCAGUCAGAGCAGCAAUGGAAUCUGGCCUGUUGGGACGGCAGCCCGUGUGCAUGAUUACUGGGGUGAAGAUUGCGAAAGGCUUACAGUGGUCUCAAGAGCAAAUUCGUUCACUGUCAGGUGAAGUCGGAGCCAGUAUACCGAUCACUCCGGAGGUUUCUGCCGGUAUUGAGAUUGGUGCCGAGAGAGCAUCGGAGCAUCACUAUUCAUCUCGCACGGAGCAGGAUAUUGUCUUCGCUUACCAACUUCAUUUGAUUGCCACCAAAGGGUGGUGGAAACCAAAACUCUCUGUCGACCAGUACGUUCCCAAAGGAGGUCUAUUGGGAAAGAAGGAUCACGGUGAAAGUGAUGACGUAGAUGUACUUCCGGCUACUAGCGAUGAUUUGACGGUUGUUGCGGAGGACAAUGAGGAUGAAUUGCAUUCGACUGAAGUAUUGGAAGCAGGCGAGAGUUGCCUGUGUUUCCAGAUCAAGGAUGAAUGAUGGUUCUCCGUGAUCGGGAGAUUCGCAAGGCUGUUGACAGAUAGAACGGAGUGAACACCGCGAAAAGAUUACUUGAUGCCAG